GUUAUCCUCAAAGAUGUGAAAUGUUUGAACCAAUAUCUAGAAUUUAAACAGAAACACGUCGAAUUAUUGUCAAGACCAUUAUUAUUGUGGUUAAAUAGAGGAGAUAUUGAUGACAUAGAGCAAUUAAUCAGAUUUUCAGAUGGCGUCAUACUAGAACGAAGUAAUAUUUAUUCUGAAGAGCAUUGCGAUUGUGUGUUACGCUAUUGCAAAGAGUUCUACAAACCAUUAGUUUUCAAUAAGCCAGAUUUGGUAAAGGAUUACUACGAUUCCAAAGACAGGGACAGACAUAUUGUACAAGUGAUACAAGAUGUAGUUGAAAACAAUGUGGAUGGAAUAAGUAUCAUGGAUGACGAGGUCGAAAUGCCCCCAAAAGACAUUAUUCGUUCCAUCGUAAGAGCAAUGAUCUUUGCUGAACGAAUACGUGACAAACAAAAAAGUUAUUUUGAUUUUAGUUAUAAGCUAAACGUACCAGUGUUGCCGAGUAUAUCAACAGCGUUAGCCGCAUCUUUAGCAGCUCUACAAUGUGCAGCAAAAGCUAUUUUUGUUAUGACAAAAACCGGUACUUCUGCCCGAUGGUGCGCUAAAAUGUCUCCCAGUUCCCCCAUUGUGGCAAUAACAACACAGAAGUCAACGGCAAGACGCUUACAUUUAUAUAAGAGAGUCAUACCUUUAUUUUACGAUGAGCCCCGUUUGGAGAACUGGCAUCAGGAGUGGUGGAAUCGCAUACAUUUUGGCACGACUUUCGCUCUGAAGACGGGUCUGUACCAUUAUGGAGCCAAAUUAGUGGUGCUCUCCCCGACGGAAGAAGGCAUCGGUUAUUGCAAUGGCUUUCAAAUAGUCACCGUUCCGUACAAAUGCGAUGAUUCAGAUGUUCUGGAAUAAUUUAUGCGACUUUUAUUGAUGCGUAU